AUGCAGGGCAUGUUUAUCGCUGUGAGAGGUGCUGCGGAUGCUGCUCGAGUAGCUCACACGCAGUGGAUAAUUGGCGCGUCAUACUGCAGGGAUGGGGAGAAACCAGAGCACCUCCGCCGUACGUUACGGCCGAGAAAGUCGGCCGUCCUUUUCGGUUACCUUCGCUGUUCAGAAUUUUUGGAGACUCAUGGGAUACACGAUUUAUUCCCUGGUGGUGCUCCUACCCAUGUCACAUUGCCAAUGGCGUGCAACUUGGAGAACCUUAGUACCUUAGGUACUUCAUCUUUUGGCCUUGUGGAACUGGGCGGUCAAUCAUCUUCUUGGCCGUUAUAUCCCGUUAAGCAUUUCCUUGCGUACCUCUUGUCGCCUCUUGUCUAUUUUUGUGCACAAAUUGCGAAAAAGUUACCCUUGGACCGCUCUCAUAGUCAACAUCGAAGUUUGGGAAAGAUCGCAACUUUGCACUUCCUGAAACCUCGUGGCCCGAGAUUGACUCAGAUUCGGCUGUUCAAGCUCAUGGUGUACGUGGAAGUCGACGUGGUCUUCUUUAAAAAGAACAUUGGUUCGAUCUGUCUUCCUGAGCAUGCAUUGCUAUCUGAAUUGACAUCGAUGUCACUCUCGUUGACGUUAAUGCUAAUUCGCUUUUGGAUUCUCGCUUACACAGCGGGCUCCGUAGAACUCGGGAUUAAAGGCCUAUAG